GCGCCGCAGCUGCAGCUCUCAGCUUGGUGCUCUUCCUCCUGGCACAGCAUCACAUUUGUUCACCACAGAGCUGAGCAGAAACCGUGGUCCCCUUGAGAGUCCAUGGCUUGUGCAUGGACAGAUGUCUGCCUAGCUUCUCCCGACGCCAUUGUGGCAUCCUUCAUGGAAUAACCUUAACGCUCCUGUAGCCGGAAACGUCCUUGCAUGAAUACAUCACCUGCCUUGUGCGUGUGGCUGCCAUGAUGCUGGGGUUUCAGGGCAGUGCUUCCUCCUCCAAAGUGUAUCGUUGUGUGGCAUGUUCAGCCACCUUCACAGGAUUGGCCUCCUUGCUGGUUCAUCAAGCAAGCCAUGCCAAUGCACUCUCCAAGGUGUCCACCCCUCCACAGCCAAACAUCAGCCCACAUGAAAACCUGUUUGCAAGCACGAACUCAUCCAGUGAUCACCCCAGUGCACCGACACUUUUGCCUGAGAGCCCUUCACCUUCCUUUUAUAUUUGUGAUUGUGGAGAGGAAUUUCAGGACUUCAGUCUGAUGCUGGAGCAUAAGCGAUCACAUGUUUCUCAACUACAGUUAAUGCCACCUCUGGAUAAUAAUAGAGUUCUCUGUGGAACAGAUAACGCUUUUCCCACCCAGCAUUUAUCAUUCACUCCAACUGUAAUCCAGCCUGAUUUGGACCUUAGUUGCCCCUCUACCUCAAAAUCCCCAGCUGUUGAACUAACCACAUCAACAGACCAUAAAGCAAAUCUGAGGCUAAACGAUGGUAAUACCAUCAUAACCACUCAAGGUCAGUGUUCACUUCCUGAAAAUGACAAUGAGAAACAACUCCAGAACAUGUCAGCCACAGCAGAGCAGAUAUCAGAGACUGCAGAGAAUAUGCAUUCCAAAGGCAAUAAGAAGUCUGUUGGAAAUUGUGAGAAUUUACCAAGAAAAAAUGAUCUAAUGAAGUUGCUGGCAUCAGCGUACAUGACGCGCUUUACAGCUCCUCAGUCUCAGAAUCAGAACAAUGAAACCGUUACCCCCAAACAAGAAGUCAUCCCUGUUGACAUAACACCGAGAGCAAAAACUGAGGUGCCCCCAGUCCACGAUCUCUCUAUUGCACAGUUGAGGCGGCUGCUUGCAACACCCAGCGUAAAGACGAAAUCUCCAUCCAUCAGCAGAGUUCUUGAGUCCAGUAAGAAGAAGGUGGUGUCUCUGACUAAGACUUUCUCACCUGUUGUCGUUCUUGAGACCCGUCAGAAACUCAAAGAUCCUGGCAUUAAUGGCACAUAUGGAAGAUAUCAAUGUGGCCGUUGUCGAAGGGUCUUUCAGAACUUGGACAAACUGACAGAGCAUCAUUUCUUGCACAAAAAAGAGAGGAUUAAAUGUUGCCGUCGCUGCAAACAGCUCAUCAUUGGGCGGAUGCCUUUACCUGACAAUCAUGUGUGCCCUCAGUUAGGAAACAAAACCAUACAGCUGUCUAACUCGUUCAAGAACAAGUUACCAUUUGCACCAAAACUAGCACCAUUCCAUAGUCUAAACAACACUAGAAAAGUUUUCUUUUGUCCAUUGUGCAAGCACACCUAUGCGCGGAGGUGGAAUCUCAAAAAGCACAAGUGCCAGGGCCCUCGGGCAGCCGUCCUUCAGCAGACCAACCCUUCCAUUCAGAGAAUGCUAAUAUUGAGAUCAAACAGUAAAUCCAAAUCAGAUGCAGAUGUUACGGAUGGAUCUCUGAAAAGUGUUGGGGUGGGAACUGAAGUUACUGGUCGAAUUAAGGUCGAGGUGACCUCUCCCUCUUCAGAGCCAUCUGGAACGUCACAGUUGGCUUGGACUCGUCCUGCAAAUAGCUUUGCACCAUUCUACUCCAAAUCCUCCACCGUGGAGCAGCACAAGGAUGCUUCUCUUUGUGGGAUGUCGCUGCAGCAAGGAGAAGAAAACAGCAGCUGGGAUGCAACAGCAGUUGAUGAUGGAGAGGGUAAUGAGGGGCAGUGGACGAUGCCUUUGGAUGAUGAGACGGAGGUGCUUAGCUCGAUAGAGAAAGCUGGUAACGGAAUAGAGGUGGGGAAAUCUCUGUCAGUCGUACAUGCAGAGACUGCACCCUCUAGCCUGCGCUAUUUUGUCAGAGAUGGUGUAAAACGUUACCCUUGCAACAGGUGUCAGAAAACCUACAGUCGGCAAUCUACUUUGAGGCGUCAUCUACGAUUGUGUGGGUUCAGGCCACGUGGCUCUGGGCCCGUAGCACAGAGUGACAGUCAGGGUGCCACCCCACUAAAUGCCAACAACAUGAGACCGAUGUUUCCUUGUUCCGUCUGUGGGAAAACCUUUAACCGCAAAGAUAAUAUGAUGGUUCACAGAAACAAGUGCCAGCUGCAACAAACAAUAACAGAUGUGGAUAGAGGAACUGCACAGCAGUCAGGCACUGUAACAGAUUGUCAAACAAAGGAGGAGGAUGGAGGCAACUGGGGCAUCAUGUCAUUGCCAUCGGUACUGCCAAGGAGGGUGACGUGUGAGUGUGGGGUAGGAUUUACAUCUCCAAGGCUUCUCCUGGAGCAUCUGCAGAAGCAUGCCCAGGAGUCAUACACAUGUCCGACCUGUGGAGAGACUGUUAAUUCCUGGGCAGACUACGAAGUUCACCUGCAGAUCCAUAUGCAUCCUCAUCACCAGCUGCUGAAGGGACUCCAACCACAACGGUCACAACCUCUGUUGCUUCGAUUCCAGCAACAGCGACCUCCGCAGCAGCCGUCUCCGUCAGUGCAUCAGCCUCCACAGAAGCAAACCGUCAGCAAAGAGCAGCCUCCAAAUCCAGUUAAAAAGCAGCAGAGGAUUGUGUGCACACGGUGUGGCAACACUUUCGCCACUCGCUGUUCUCUUCGAAGGCACCUGUCCUGGAAUCGAUGCAAAGGUGCGCGGGCUACAAACCCAUCCACAAACCCGCCCAAAACAUAUCACUGUACCCACUGCAACUCUGACUUCCCCAACACAAUCAGUCUUCUCUUUCACCAGAGAAGUGGGGCUUGCAAGCCUGCCAUUAAGCCCGUACGCUGUCCUGUUUGUCUCCGCUGGUUUGGCACUGUGGACGGCUUACAGAAACAUCUGCUUACUCACAAACAGUCUGAAUCCUAUCAGUGCGAUGUGUGUCAGGGCAGAUACCCGAACCUUAAAUCACUCAAAAACCAUCGCAGGAGGAUUCAUCGCAUUAUGGCUGGAGACACGAAGCCAAAAACACAAGAACAGCUGAGCACUUAAUGACACUUUCAGUUUCUCUGAAAAUGUCUUACAUGGGAGUGGUGCAUUUAAGAACGCUACAAAUUUCUGUGUUUGCCAGUUGUAAUUGACUUGUUUUUCUUAUCUUUUUUUUUUUGUCUUUUUUUUUUGUUUGUUUUUAACUCCAGGAGUUAUUCUGACAAUGUACAGCCAUUUAAGUUUCAUUUUAAUUUUUUCAAGCAACUCUGAGCGUGGGUUAUAGUAGCUCGCCACUGUAACAAAAAAAACCAUUGACAAACUGUAAAUUUAAGUUGGUCAUAAUAAUCACUUUAUUACAUAGCCUCAUUAGCCUGUAAAUGUUUGAGUAUUUGUUAAUCAAACUUUUAUCACUGACAUUGUUGUGAUGUAGCUUGUUGUCUCUGGUGUUAAUAAACUACCAGUAUGUGAAACAUGAA